AUGAUGAUGAUGGAGACGGAAUUGCAGAAGAGUUUUACAUGGAUGAUAGACAACUUCUCCGAAAGGAAAUCUCCAAUGAGGUCUACUCUAUUCUCAAGCGGCGGCUACGAAUGGUAUGUUCUACUUCAUCCCAAGGGAGAAGACGUUAAUGGUUACUUGUCUCUGUAUCUCUGCGUUGCAAACCCUAAAUCAUUACAACCUGGAUGGAAAAGGCGAGUCAAUAUGCGGUUCGUUAUCUCGAAUCAAUCAGGCAAAGAGAUCCAUAGAACAUCUGAAGGAUCUGAGUUGUUUCGUGCUGAGAUCCCUGGCUGGGGUUUUCGAAAGGCGAUGCGUCUUUCCAAGUUACAAGAUAAAGAGUUGUUAGAGAACAACACACUCAUGAUUGAAGUCUACACUAAUGUUACUGAAGUUGUUCAUAAAGGAGUUGAGACUGGGAAUGAGUUCGUAGAUUUCAGAGGUUUCCGUGUUCUUUCUUCUCAAGUUAUUUCACUGAGCCGGAUUUUCGCGAAGCACCCAAACUUUGCAGUAGAUAUCAAACCAAGAAGCAGAGUGAUAAAGACAGCAUUCAUCAAUACUCUACUCGACCUUAUCGAAGCACUAGAAAGGCCUCCAGAGAGCUUCUCAAAGAUUGAACUAGACACGGUAUACAACAGGUGGGUUGAUCUAAUGGACAAGGGUUUCAAGGUGGACUGGUUGAAGUCAAAGCUUGAUAAUGUUUGGUUGGAGUGGAAGAAGAAAAAUGAAGAUGCGGUUCGGAUCCAAGAACUCGAGGAAAACGUCAAGAAUCUUAAGAUGGUGUGUAUGGAACGCAAAAUUGAAUUGGACAAGGAGAAGGACAAAUCUUCUACUGCUUCUAAAGAAAAUUUGUGGUUGGAGAAGACGGUGUCAGAUCUCAAAGUUGAAUUAGAGAAGGAGAAGGCCAUAUAUGAUGCUAGAGCUUCGUGGUUCCGGGAGAAACUGUUCGAUCUCAUAGAAGAAUUGAACAAGGAGAAGGCCAAAUCUGAUACUAAACCUAAAGUUUUGUGGUUAGAGAAGACGGUAUCAGAUCUCAAAGUUGAACUGGACAAGGAGAAGGCCAUAUCUUCUAAGGCUCGUGAAAGAGUUUCUUGGUUGGAGAAGGCGGUGUCAAAUCUCAAAGUUAAGUUGGAGAAGGAGAAGGCCAAAUCUGAUACUAAACCUGAUGACGUUUCUUUGUUAGAGAAGACUUUGUUGGAGAAGACGGUGUCAGAUCUCAAAGUUGAAGUGGAGAAGGAGAAGGCCAAAUCUUCUGCUAAAACUUCGUGGUUGGAGAAGAAGGUGUCAGAUCUCAAAGGUGAAUUGGACAAGGAGAAGGCCAAAUCUGCUACUAAACCUAGAGUUUGGUCGUUUGAGAAGGCCGUGGAGUCAGAUUUCGAAGACAAUGAGAAAUCUGAUACUGAACCUAAUGUUUUCCCGUUGGGAGAGAAUAUUUCUUUUAGGAGACUUCAGAGUUUUGGAAUUCGAAGAAGGAGAUUACGGUAA